AUGCCUGAGGACCACCGUGUUAUAAACCCCAAAGAUCGAAAAACUAUAGGGGGAGUAAACACAAUUUUGGGAAAUUCCCCUUUUCCCCAAAACCAAUGCCGUACAGACACAAACAUUCACGUUAUUGCUGCACGCAUAACAAGUGAAGAUCCAGCUGAAGGUUUUCGUCCAGCUAGUGGAUCUGUUGAAGUUUUAAAUUUUCAAUCGAAUCAAAAUGUUUGGGGCUAUUUUUCUGUUUCCAGUACUGGAAAGGUUCACGAAUUUGCUGAUUCACAAUUUGGACAUUUGUUUGCUAAAGGAACUACGAGAUACGAAGCCAUUUCCGCUCUAUUAUGUGCCUUAAAAGAAUUAGAAUUGCGGGCCACUUUUACUUCCCAAGUAAAUUAUUUGGUUGGAUUAUUACACGAUAAAGAAUUUGAAAAUAAUGAAUUUCAUACGGGUUGGUUAGAUGCUAGAAUUGCUGCUAGGGUACAAUCUGCACCUGAAUUGCCUGUACAUGUUACUGUGGCUAUUGGGGCUACUUUAGUUGGUUAUACCCGUAUAUCAGAAGUAUUUUCAAAAUUUCAAAGUGCUUUAGAACGUGGACAAAUAUUACCCAAAUCUGGAUUAACAGAAACAUGGGAAUUAGAAUUAGUUCAUUCAAACAUAAAAUACAGCGUUAUGGUUAAUAAAUUUGGGCCAAUAAAUUAUUUGGUUCGUCUAAAUGAUUCGGUUGUAACUACAAUUGUUAGAGAAUUGGGGAAUGGAACUUUAAUUAUUAUUUAUUCACAUCAAGCUUAUACUUGCCAUUUGGAGGAGGAGUCUGAACGUUUCAAAGUCGUUAUUGGAAGAACAUUAACAAUAUUCGAAAAAGAAAAUGAUCCAUCAAUGUUACGUUCAAAAAAUGCUGGACGUUUUAUGCAAUAUUUAAAAAGGGAGGGGGAUUAUGUUUCUGUUGGGGAAGUUUAUGCAGAAAUGGAAUCAAUGAAAAUGGUUAUAAAUUUGGAAGUGUCUAAAGCUGGUGGAAGGCUUAUACAGGUAUAG